AUGUCUCGGGGCGGUGGUUCGGGUGCCUCCAUUCCAGAUCCCAUCAAAUUGACCCUUUCAUAUAAUCUGGGUCUUUUCCUUCGAUUUACAAAUGAGUCUGUUAAGUCAGAGAAGAUGCAAGCUGAUGUUGUCCAUGUUCAACGAACUUUCGAUGAAGUUGAGCGAACACUUCCUGGUUUUACUUGGAAUUUUCUUCGUGGAUUUAUGGAAAGGUUUGGGAUUAGAGACAGUGUAGAUAUUGAAGAAAUGUGUCUGCGUUUAUCAGCCUUGUAUAACGAAAUACCCAUGUAUUCCUCUAUCGUUCCUCAUUCGCAUGAUCUUGAGAAACAUGCCGCAGAAUUAAAACUGGUUCUGAGUCGCACCCCGUCAGAAAUUACUGGUCGUAGCGAAUUUAUUGAGUUAAUCAAACAAAUUGCCGGAUCUAUCAAAAAUCUUCUCGACUGUAUUCAUUCAAUACUCAAUGCAUUGCAACAUGGCGUGAUAAGACAGGAUUUAGACGGCCAUAUGGUUAAUUUUGUGGAUUACUCUAAGCGCUUCAGCAGUGCUCUUAAGGGAUUUUUCCGUGAUCAUAAGACCAACGAGUUAUAUGCAAGUGCAAACAUGUUAGUACAACAGACUAAUCUAAUUCUCCUGUUUAUUCGCAACACUCGUUAA